AUGACGGUGGCAAGAAGGUACAAGAGCCUUCACAAAUAUGAAUACCAGUACGAAGCAGAGUCGCUGAAUGCCAUUAAUGGAGCUUCCAAUCUCAUAAAUGGACCCAAGUGCUCUUGCAAGGUCGAGAUUGAAGUUCCUCAGUCUUGCAGCUACAUCCUGCGCACCACAGGCUGUAGCUUGAGUGAGGUUGUCGAUAUGGACUCAGAGGGCAACCCUGUGUUCGGACCUGCCCCCGGAUCUGAUGCCUUCACUGCUGCAAUGGAGAAUUUGGAGUUAACAACUGGUAUCCAACCUUUCACCUCUCUGUCCCUGCUCAGACAUCCUCUGAAGGUUGUGGUUGAGGGAGUGUACGAUGUGAAACUGUACCCUGAGGAGGAUGAGUCCGUGACCAUCCUGAACAUCAAGAGAGGUAUCGUCUCUGCCCUUGCCGUGCCCCUGCUGGAAGAGGAGAACAACAAGAAAAUGCCCACCAUCCACGGCAUGUGCAAGACCCACUACAUAGUCAACGCCAUGGAGGACAUCGCUACUGACAUCACUCUCAACAGGGACUUGUCCAAAUGUGACCACUUCAUCCCCCAGAGGGACCACACCAGCCCCCUGGCCCUCAUCUCUGGCAUGCACUAUCCUCUUGCUCAGCUGAUCAGAAGCUCCCAGACCUGCAACUACAAGUUUGACAAUGACAAGAAGCACAUGAUCUCUGGUGUCUGCACUGAGACCCACAUCCUGGUGCCUUUCUCUCACAAGGGAGAGUAUGGCGUUACCAACGUUGGCAAGCAGUUCCUGACUCUGUUGGAGGUUUCCACAUACAAUGAGAGAGUUUUUGACCACAAUGUGGCCAACCUCAAGGGUCUGCCAAUGGAAGCUGCUGAGGACAAGAGUGUUGUUCAGGACAAGGAUGCUACUUUGGCCGUCCUGAGGGAACUGGCCACUCUGUCCAACGGUGAGAGGAGAGCCCACCUCUUCCAGCAGCUCGUGAGCAUGGUCCGUGGAAUGAAGGCUGAAACCCUGAGCCCUGCUAUCCCCGAGGCCCUGAAGGUGUCCGGAUCCCUGACCUACCAGGUUCUGGCCCAGUGCGGUACCCCAGAGUGCAGCAGUGCCAUCAUGCAGAUCCUCAGGACCUUUGACAACUCUGCCUUUGAGGUUGAUGCAGUCGUGUUCGCUAUGGGACUGGUCCCCAACCCCUCUGCCCUCCUGGUCAACGACAUGCUGGCUAUGGCACGGUACAAGCAGAGCAAGCCUAUCCUGUAUGCCCUGAGCAAUGUUGUCAAGAGGUUCUACAAGGCCGAGGGCAAAGUGACCCCUGAGAUUGAGGCUGUGGCUGAGUUUGCAGGCGCCCAGCUGGGUGACUGCACCGGCGACAAGGAGCAGAACUUCCUGGCCCUGAGGGUUAUUGGUAACAUGGCUGCAGCCAUGGGAGCCGCCAGUCCUGCCCUGAAGUCUGCUGUGAUCCAGUGUGUAAACGAGCCCGCCGCUUCCCUGGAAGUCCAACAGGCUGCCAUUCAGGCAUUCAGACAGACCCCUGUCCCUGAGGAGGUAACUCACUCUUAUCCUAUUAUGUAUAUGGAAACCGUCAACUCUUUUUUCACUGCAGAACUGUUAUACACAUUCUCCUGUUUACAGGGCAGAGAGGUGCUCAUGCAGGUUGUUUUGAGUGGUGCUAGCCCCCUGCAGAAGCGUGUUGCUGCCUACCUGGUGCUGAUGAAAGACCCUCAGCCUGCUGAACUGGCUCAGCUGGCCGCCGCUCUGCCCAUCGAAGAAGACCAGCAGGCCAAGAGCUUUGUCAUCUCCCACCUGACUAACAUACUGGAAUCCACAGCAGCCGAGACACAUGAGCUGAGACAGAAGAUUCUUGAUGCCCUGCAGGGCAAUGAGGUUGGAACUGUCAUGGAUCCCACCAAGUUUUCCCGCAACUACAAGAUCGGAUCUGUGCAAGGAAAUAUGCUCUUCGAGGGCACCAGCUAUCUGCCCAAGGAAGUCAUGCUGGAGAUGACCCUGAAGGCCUUCGGCUACAAUGUUGACAUGGUGGAGGUUGGCAUGGAAGGCAAAGGACUUGAGCCAACUGUUGAGGCUUUGUUCGGAGAGAACGGAUUCUUCCCUGACACAGUUCUAAAGACCGUCUACUUCGUUUCUGACAAGAUGCCUCUGCAGGUUAGUGAGGUCAUGAAGAGAAUGAUGCCCGCUCUGAAGAAAGACAGAAUGAAGAGACAGGCUUCCCAGAACAUUGUGAGAGAAAUUGGCCGCAACCUCAAUAAACUGGUCAAGAAUCUGAAGGCUCAGGAGUCCCCUGAGGCUAUGGUUUACCUGAGACUGCUGGGAAAUGAACUUGGAUACCUGAAGACCAAUGAGAUGGAGAAGAUGGCCUACUCUGCUGGUCUGAUGAUUGACAACGUACUCAAGAUCUGA